AUGAAGGGAAACGUCAAUGGUAGCGAGGUCCAGGACGGAGACUAUUGCGGAUACCAGCAGAACACCUUUACAACCUACGGAGACUUGAGGAGCGCCGUUCCCGUCUCCGAUAGGAAAGAUGUGGUUGUUUGCCCUAAACCUCGGCGACUUUGUGGCUUCAACCAUGUCGUUCACGACCCUAGGCCUUUGAGAUGGCAGUUAAGCAGUCAUCAAGCGGAGCUCUGCGAUUCCAAGGGAGGGUCGGAACUUCUUGAUCUUAUCCUCACAAAGGGUGUGUAUGGUGCUGAACAGUCGUCGUCCACCACUCAGUUGGCCUCGUCGCCCCCUUUUUUCAAUGGAUCACCGCCGAGCAGGGCUACCAACCCAUUAAUCCAAGAUGCCCGUCUUGUAAAAAAAACCAUCAAGCUACAUAAUCUAGGACGGCGUUCACUACUCUCUCGCGAGCAGCAAACCAGAGGAUUGCAGACGAUAUCCUCUUUGGUGGACUGA